GCCUCACACACAAGUGUGAGCUCCGCCUCGCUUUGAACCUCUGAAACUGUUCAUCAAUGAUUCACUGUCUUCAAGUCGACCUUCCCUCAUGGCCGUCUGAAAUCUAACAGAAAACUGACCUCAGAUCAGCCUCCUGCAGCUCAGCCAGCACUCUGCUGUGAGUCUCCUCAGUGUCCAGCACACUGAUCUCCUCAACCUCUGCACACAGGUCGGACAAACACUGAUGCUAGAUCUCCAGUGGAAUGGAUAAUGGCUAUGGCACACUGUAAUCAGCGGUUACCAUCCUCCUCUCCCCAUGAUGAUGUCAACCUGGGACCUUCAGCAAACCCACAUGCCCGGCCCACUGACUUUGACUUCUUGGCAGUCAUUGGCAAAGGGACCUUUGGAAAGGUCCUGCUCGCCAAGCUCAAAGCCGACAACAAAUUCUACGCCGUCAAAGUGCUGCAGAAGAAAGUCAUCCUGAAGAAAAAAGAGCAAAAGAAUAUAAUGGCGGAGAGAAAUGUGCUGCUGAAGAGUCUGAAACAUCCAUUCCUGGUUCGACUUCACUACUCCUUCCAGACCACAGAGAAGCUCUACUUUGUCCUUGACUAUGUGAAUGGGGGAGAGUUGUUUUUCCACCUGCAAAGAGAGAGGUGCUUCUCAGAGCCCAGAGCGAGGUUCUACACAGCCGAAGUAGCGAGCGCUAUCGGCUACCUGCACUCUCUCAACAUCGUUUACAGAGAUCUGAAGCCAGAGAAUAUUCUCUUAGACUCUCAGGGACAUGUGGUGCUGACAGAUUUUGGGUUGUGCAAAGAAGGUGUAGAGCCGGAGGGAACCACCUCAACUUUCUGUGGGACUCCAGAAUACUUGGCACCAGAGGUUCUUCGUAAGGAAGCGUAUGACAGGACAGUGGACUGGUGGUGUCUGGGUGCAGUGCUCUAUGAGAUGAUCUACAGCCUGCCUCCUUACUACAGCCGUGAUGUUGGCGAAAUGUAUGAUGGAAUCCUCCACAAGCCACUGACACUACCUCCAGGGAAGUCUGAUGCUGUCAGCUCACUGCUGUUGGGUCUUCUGCAGAAGGACCAGCACAGACGGCUCGGAGCCAUUGCUGACUUUCUAGAAAUAAAGAACCACAUCUUUUUCUCUCCAAUCAACUGGGAUGACCUUUACAACAAGAGAAUCACUCCUCCUUACAACCCAAAUGUGAGAGGCCCAGCUGACACUCAACAUAUUGAUCCAGAGUUCACCAGAGAAAUGGUUUCUAACUCUGUGAGUCGGACACCUGAGUUCACCGCCGGCACCAGCUCUAGCAACGCAUUCAAUGGGUUCUCCUUUGUCGCCACUGAGGACAGCUUUCUGUGAGGCAUGACUUAACUGUUUGAAACUUUGUACAUACCUCUGAGUUAAGAGCUCAUGAAAAUGAGACCUCCUUGUGUACCACUGCAGAAAUCCCACAUGGAUCUAUCGUGUUUGAUGACUGCUAUUCCUAAUUGUUCCUCUUGAGGGUGUAGUAGAAAGGGAGGGUGCCUGCAAUGGAAACUGUUAAGGUUAAAAUAUGUCAAACUUUUUUGCCUGGAAGUCCCAUGCCUGUUCUUAGAGAGAUAGUGAGGAUCGACAUAAAUGUGUUACCAAAUAUACAGAGCUCACAAGUAGGAGCAUCUUUAAGAUACAGUCCAAACUAUCUUUAUUCAAUUUGUUUGCAGUGGAAUGAAGAACAAGUGAAACUGGAUUUACCCAAAAUGUGUGUUUUAUAAUUCUUUUGUGAACUGAAAUGAUUAUACUGUACAUUGUCUUCCUGUGUACAGCCAAACUUUGGGCUUUAUUUUUCUGAAAAGUGGAACAGAUGUGAGUGCAAGCUAAAUCUCCAAGUGCAAAUGCAAUUAAAAAAAAGAAUUGGUGACCCCAGGCAUUGGCAAAAACCAGGCACAGCUGGCUCUGAGAAAUGCAGAAUCAGCAGGUGAGCUUUAGUAAUCACCAAUCACAUGAGCUCCUCUCAUCCUCUUUAAGGUUACGGACACACAUACAUAAAUGCUGGGAACUUUGUCGAACGAAGCUUCAGUCAAUAGCAAAGACAGGUGAUGGUCACUCCCCAGCAUUUGUGUAUGUGUGACGAGAGCCUAAAAGCAGCAACAGGUCAAACAGAAAGAGAGAGAGGCUGAGAUGUCUGAGAGAAAAGCCCAUCUCCAAGCACCCGAAGUUCCAACAGAAAACAUUCACAACAUCCCAAAUAUGCUAUACAUGGUAGAAUGAAUAGGCAGCUGAUGUUUGCAGCUAAUUAAAGGUCCAGUGUGUAGAAGUUAGGCUUAUAAUGUAACAUGCAGAACUGUGUUUUCAUUAGUGUAUAAUCACCUGAAAAUAAGAAUCAUUAUGUUUCUAUUACCUCAGAAUGAGCCUUUUAUAUCUACAGAUGCCGUGGGUACUCUUGUUGAACUGUCAUGUUUUUACAUUGGUCUGGAACAAACAAACUAAACUGGCUCUUUCAUGUUUUUCGCAUGUUUCCUUGCCCACCAUAGUUUCUCCUUCCCAUUAGGAAGGACAGGGUGAGGCGAUGGGACUGCAAUCAGCAACUACACCACUAGGUGCCACUAAAUCCCACACACUAGUCCUUUAAUAUCACGUUUAAACUCUGUGUUCUCUUGCGUAAAUGGUGUUAAUGGUAGGAAUCUUUCACAGUCACAUUUAAUUGUAUUUUGAUGCGCAUACCAAUCUGCAGUAACUUACAGUAGAUGAACAAAAAUAUAGCAAACUUAUCAUGCAUGGAGGGUGUUUUGUGAUUUUAGAGGUCUGUGCGCCUGUGUCUCUGCCAACUAAAACCACAGCAGUUUCCCUAUGUCUGCAUUUCUGAUAAGAGGUGGUCUGAGCAGGUUUAAAUUGUAAACGCAAUUUUGCUCAUUCAAAAUGAGCAAUGAAAUUGUGCUGCACAGCCUAAUCAGCAUGAACGCAGCAUAAGCUGUGCCUCUUCUCCCACCUGCCGGUACAAACACGUUUGUUUGGUGCCAGGAAAUUAUCAAACAGAUGCAGAUGCAAAAAAUAGACUCAUGGCUGAGGAAAAUUGCACAAAAACUGCAUUUGCCAGAAAAACCAAGCCCUUAGUGUCUCAUUUCUAUAGAAAACAGAUCUGAGUGAACAUAUUUCUUAUGUGUACACAAAAAUAAUAACCCCUGGGUUAACUACUGCUUUGAAAGAGGUUGCCAUCCAAUUAACUAAAUGAAGAAAGUAAAAAAAAGUGAAAAGUAGUCCCAGAAACAGUGGGAGCAUUCUACUGCUUUAACAGUGCAAAGAUUUGCAUUUGAACAUCAAUAAUCAAUACACAAUUUAUUGCUUAUUCUCAUUGAUAUGAUAUGCUAAAGGAAAUCAGUCUAUUGCAUUUUUGGCACAAAUGCAGACAGGUCCCUAUGUACUUUGUAAUCACCUUUAUAAAGUACAGUUCCACAUUUCUUACUACUGAAAACCAGAUCCAUAUUGUACUGAUCUUCCAGUGCAAAGAGAGCUGAAGUUUUCAGUCUGUAGAAGUCCAUCAAGUGACAGACUCUAAAUCACAUCAAUAUGUUUGGUCUUCAUUAAAACCAAAAGUAAAAAAAAAAUGUGAUCAAAGAUGAAAAACAGCUAAUAAUAUCAGUAAUAUAUAGUGCAGGUGUUUAUGGCAGUUAUGUGUCAGGAUUCAUUUGUAGAUGAUGCACUGAUGUUAAAAAAUGCUCCAUGCAGCACCUUUUUAAAAUGUCAGUCGGUCACAGUAUAGUUCUUUAUUCUGUUGACUAUGGUUUUGUUUAAUUGUUAACUGGGAAACUCCUCCAUAUAUGUUUGUCUGGAGAUUAUUUGAGCCUGUGAUAGCAGACAGUGAUUAGUUUUGUUUCAUGAUACAUGUUAGAACAGUUAAUGUUGAAUGUUGAAAAUACUAAAUGUAACAGCUGUAAAUGUACAGUGAUAGGAUUAUAUGUACUGUAUUAAUGUGAGUGUAUCAGUGUAAACCAUGAAGUGCCUCUCUGCCUGGGGAAUCAAGGAGGUGAUUGAUGGUGCUUGACGUUGGCAGUGAUGGGUGAUACAUUUGGACAUUUGAUGUUUUUGAAUUUUAUUUUCUCAUUUAUAUAUACUUUAUUCUUGUUUGUACAUUCGAUAUUAAAGAUGCUCUUCUAGCUCUUGAACAUAGUAUGUUCCUAUUUACCUUUCUAAAAAACUUCAACGUUCAAAUUCAUACAAUACUGUACCAGAUGCUUUUUUAAAUACACUAACUAACUAACUAA